AUGCCACAGCCAUCAGCCGGACCCUUUGGGGGUAUCAUUGCAGAUGAGAUGGGUUUGGGAAAGACAUUGACAACGCUAGCGACAAUUAUUACAACUCUCAACCAUGCAGAGGCUACAGUGGUGUCCAAUAAAGAAUUUCCUGAGUUGCCACCAAAACAAAAGACCAUGGCAACAUUGAUCAUUGUCCCCUCAGAAGGUGAAAUCCGAGAUUGCUAUUACAGUCGAGUCGUACCAGGGACCCUGGUGGCCUGCAGAUAUCACGGCCAAUCACGCGAAUCACAAAAUUUGAGCUUUGAACACAAAGACAUAGUGCUGACAACAUACGGUACUGUGACUUCUGAGUUUCGCCUAAAGAGAGGUCUACUUCACAAAACCGACUUUUUCCGUGUGGUACUAGAUGAGGCUCACCACAUACGGUCGAGAUCUGGAAUUCAAUACGCUGCAGUGUGUGGGAUAUCGGCAAGUCGACGCUGGUGCCUGACUGGCACUCCAAUACAAAACAAGCUAGAGGAUCUGGGUGCCCUGGUUUCCUUCCUUCAAUUUCCCUUACUUGGGGAUAAGGAAAUGUUCCGAGUAUACAUCGUCAACCAAUCCUAUCGCAAUAGCCCGACGCGUUUCGACAAUCUCCGUCUAUUACUUGGAUGUAUUUGUCUUCGCAGGACCAAGAAGGUCGGCCACCUUGCGGAACCGAGAGCCGAAAUUCUUUACCUCGAUCUCUCACCCACAGAGGCUCAAGGGUAUAGUUAUAUCGUGGAACACCACAGAACAGCUCUCGAUAAGGCUGUCAGCAGUGGCUCCUCUAUAAACACCAAGAAUAGUGUUUUCCAGGCGCUAAUGCAAUUGAGGAUCUACUGUAAUAAUGGAAUAUGUGGAAGCGAAGACUGCGAAACCCCGGGAAGUCAGGACCUCGAUCUAGACGAAUACUUCCUUUUUCUCCAACAGAAUAACGAAGCCCAGUGUGCAUCUUGCAAUAGAGAAAUUCAACUUCUCAGUGACCUCAAUAUCCCCACCUCGGGAGCUUUUGCACAGUGCCGGCAUUUGCUAUGCAGUCUCUGUGUUACUCUAUCAAAAAGUAGCGUCAUCAUCUGUCCGGGAUGCAAAGACAACACCCUGCCGCUCAUCCCCGCCACCAACUCUUCUCACCAUGAAGACCGACCAACAGCCCUCGCCUCGAACAGAAUUCUAGAUUCGAUGCAUGUUUCAGAACCAUUGUAUUCUACCAAGCUUCAUGCUCUGCUGAACAGAAUUAUGGCGCAACCCUCACAAGAAAAAUGCAUCGUGUUCUCGGCUUGGAAAAAAAGCUUGGACCUUGCCGCUGCAAUGCUACGGGAUAACCAAAUUGGCUAUACUCGAGUCGAUGGCUCAAUUUCAAGCGCUGACCGCCGAAGCGCCCUCACUAUCUUCAACGACGACACUCAAGUGAAUGUAUUACUUAUCACUGUUGGUACAGGAGCUGUUGGAUUGAACCUCACAAGUGCAACCAGGGUACACAUAAUGGAGCCACAAUGGAACCCUAUGGUUGAGCGGCAAGCAAUUGGCCGAGUGGUUCGUCUUGGGCAGACCAAGGAUGUGACUAUAACUCGUUAUAUCAUGAGGGGGACAGUUGAAGAGGUGGCUAUAAAAGGCUUUGAGCAGAAGAGCUCUGGUGAUACUACGAGCUAG